AUGGGAGCAGGUGUUAAAUGUGUUAUCACUGGUUCCAACAUUAAAGCCCUUGGGCGUGCUAUUCACUCUCUCUCAAGAAUCGGAGAAGAGCUAUAUUUUGAGCCUUUGGAUGAUGGGCUCUGCCUGCGUUCAGUCAACUCAUCAAGGUCGGCUUAUGCCUGCUUCAAUUUUACACCACUCUUCUUCCACAGCUUUGAGGUUUCUGGGGGAUCCUGCCAAUGUAAGAUCUACAUGAAGUCAGUGGUCAGUGUGUUCCGUUCCUUGCCAUCACUGGAGAAGACUGUGGAGAAAUGCCUUAUAAGUCUGAACACCAACAGUAGCCGUUUGGUGAUCCAGCUGUUUUGCAAAUACGGUGUAACAAAAACACACAACCUCUCCUAUCAGGACUGCGAGUCUCUUCAAGCUGUUUACAAUCCAAACACUUGCCCAAAUGUGCUCCGAGCACCAGCCAGGCUGCUUUCAGAUGCUGUUGUGCAUUUUCCACUGACGCUUGCAGAGGUGACACUGAUGGCCAGUCCUUGUGGCAAGGUCACACUUAAGAACUACGUGGAGGAUGAAGUAGAUCCCAGCAAGGCAAUGCUAACAGAGUUGUCCCUAAGCAGAGAGGAAUUCCUGGUGUAUCAGCUGAAGAAGCAGAGUCAGAUCACAUUUUGCUUGCGUGAGUUCAGGGGUCUCCUUGGUUUUGCGGAGUCCAGUGGUCUUCCCAUCUCGAUACAUUUUGAUAGUGCCGGUUGCCCAGCAGUGUUCAGCGUGGAUGACACAGUCCUUGAAGUGCAUUUUGUCCUCGCCACCUUAUCAGAUACAGAUCACGCAUCACAGUCUCAGAGCCAAAGAGUGGCCUUGCCACAGAGCGAUGACGAUUUUUUGGGUGAUGACCUAGAUUAUAUGAUUGCCAUGGAAACUACCCUGGCAGGAACUUCCUCCCCUCCACCUAGUCCAACCUUCAACAGCCGGCCUCCUCCAAGUCCCAUCCAAGAAGAGCAAGCCAUAUAUUCAGAAUGUGAAGAUGAGGCAGAAAGGGAGGUUCCUGGCACACCCCCCAACAAGAAGUUCAGGUCUUUGUUUUUCGGGUCUGUUAUUCAAAGCUCUGGCCAAGCAGCUCAGGAAGUUCUGGCUGAAGACAGUGAUGGAUGA